UCAUAUCAUGUAAUUAAUCACCCAUUGUAAUGGUUGCACCAGCACCGCUCAACAUGACGAUUUUACCUUGCCUAGUCCCUGUACGGCGUCUUUCCAAGCCCUCUCGGUCAAUGCAUUUCGGUGACGUAUCCGAGACGAACGGCCGGGAGACGUCUAGACAAUCUCGGAGUGCGCAUGCGUGAGCAUUUUUGCAUUUUUGAAAAGUUCACACGUUCAACCGAAAUAUUUUAUCUAUAAAUAACUUUGCGCGUGAAUAUCCUUCGCUUAAAGAUUGGCACCAUUACAAAAAUAACUAACCUGGUUUCUGUUAUUAAAGAACAAAAAUAUUACUUUGAAUCGGAAAGAAUACUACUGUAUAACGUGCAAGUAAUUUCUCUUUAAGUUCAUUUUCAAAUGAACCAUUAAAAUGAUAUUUCUUCAUUGAUAAAAAGAUUUGAAACAGUAGUUUGUUGACAUUCUACCAAAUUUAGAGACCAAAUUCAACAGCCUGUCUGAUUAGUUUGAUAAGCUUCCAAAUCCAAAAAUUAAAUUACAUAAAAUAUUUCGAAGUGAAAUGAUAACGAGAAAAUUAAGGAAGCAAGCGAAAAUAGAGAAACGAAAGAUAGCUUUUCAUAUCCAAUAAUAAAUAUAAACUUAUUUCUUUAAGUUUCCUUCCGAUUCUUGAGAAAUAAUUUUUUUGCGACGCUGUUUUGCUUAGCCUACAAAUAGCUUUUGAGAUGAAGUAAAGUUCAAAUUAGUUUAAUGAGAUAAAUGAAAAAGGAAGGCCAAAGGACUUUCAACAAUGAUUCUCCAUGGCUGCUGGACAUCUUUCAUAGGCGGAAAAGUUAUUGACAGCUCGCCCGCUUCCAAAAGCUCCGCCCCAAGUGAGACAAAAUGUCUCACUUCUCCGAGUUUGUCUAGGCCUCAAAAACUUUCUCGGACCACGUGACCCGAAACGCAUCGGCCGAGCAUAAUAGUGAGGCCUAGGGACUAGGCAAGAUUUUACCCUCCUCUUGCUUAUUUUAGUGCAAGGGAAAAAAAUGAUUCUUCCUUUUAAAAGUGAAUAUUUCGAAGGCCAGUUACUUUUUCUUUAAAUAUGGAUAAAUGCCAGUCCAAGUUUGGUUUUGUUUGAGUUAUGCUGCUCUAUAAUUAAGUGUAAUAAGUUUGAGCUUAGAGGGCAAGAAAGUCAUCGUAAGGCAACAUGUCUUAGGCAGAUUUAGACAUGUUUACUUGGGCCCCGGUCUCUAGAUUUUCUUUUGUUUUGUGUCCUCCAGAGCGAUGAAAACAAAGAAACCAACCCCAUCGCAACCCCCCUCCCCUUCCUUUUGUCUGAAAUAUUGUUCAAUUUCUAAGGAAUUCUCUAAAAAUCUAUCUUCCAGAGCCUUAAUUUCAUUACACAAAUCGCUCACCUAGUUCUAACUGGCAGCAAAGGUCGUCGACCUUCUCUUCCUGAAUUUUCUGGAUUCGUCUCUUCAAGCAAGUCGCAUCUCCUAUCCUCGUGUAACAUCUUUCCCACCCUGGGCUUUGGGGUUGUCCCACAUGAUAUUACUUGCAAGAUUUCUGGGAAUUACUACCAAUUAAAAACAUGAAUUGCAUUCAAGCAUUAUUGUUGAAGUUCCAGAAUUCUGCGAUUUUCAAAUCUCGCUGUUAUAAUCAGUGUGUUUUCUUUAAUCUAACUUAAUUAUUGUUGUACAGUUUAUACACAAUUACUUUGAAUGGCAAGAUUGAAUUUAUUUGUCUAUCUCAGUACUUAUAUGUUUGGCUGUUUUUUUUAACAGAUGGCAUACCAUUGCUUCGACGUCCCCGUCUUCCUCCAAGAGUUCCAUACUUUACUGGUCGCCAGAGGGAGUGUGAUGAAAUCAUCGGUCAUUUGUUUUCGGAAUCCACCCGAAUCGUGUCCAUAUGGGGCUCACCAGGAUUCGGAAAAACAUCGGUUGCCAUUGCCGUAGGCCAUGAAAUUCAAUCUAGGGGUUUGCCUGUCUUCUGGCUUUCAUUGCGAGGGCUUCGAUCGAAAGCAGAUUUGACUUCAAAGCUUCUCAGCUUUUUUAGACAACCCUCAAAGAAUACCUUUGCAGCCCAGCAUUUAUCUCGCGAUGAUGAGCUUUUUCAACUUUUUAAUGAGAUAUCAGAUGACCUCGUUUUCAUUCUAGAUAAUGCCGAUGAUUUGCUGGAAAGUGGUCUGCCGAAAGUAAAGCGGGAAGAGGUAAUAGAAUUUCUUGAAGAUAUUCUCAGGCGAAACCAAAACGUCAAAUUCGCUAUAACCACGAGGGAAUCUAUUGGAUUUCUGGAUUUGCAUCUAGAGUUUCACCAGUCUGCUGUGAGAAUAAGACCACUGGAGGAAGCAUCCUCGAGAUCCCUUGUACACGAAUUACUUCCAGACGCAAGCACCUCUGACUGCAAACGAAUUACCCAAAUUUGUGGACACGUACCUUUAGCUAUCAAGUUGCUGUGUUCUUCCAUUUCUGAGGACAGUGCUCAACCAAGCCAGUUUCUAAAUGACCUCUUAGUGUCUUCCACGGAAAGCGUCGUCGAAAUGUUGGACAGCUCAGGUUAUCCAACGAAUCAUCGACUACGGUUUCUUUUUAACUCCUCCUUCGAGAGACUAUGUGAACAAGAAAAAGAAGCUCUGGUGUCCUUCAGUGUUCUGCCCGAGAAUUUUGAUACUGAAGUUGCAGCAUCAGUUUUGGGGAAAACACUAAGGCUCACGAAGAAUAUAUUGCAAAGUUUAGAGAGGAAAUCCCUUCUUGAUUCAAGUCUUGAACGGCGUUCAUUCAAAAUGCACAAGCUUUUACAGUUAUUUGCAAGAGAAAGAGGUAAUAAUGAAAUGAAGGAAAUUUUCUAUUAUUCAAAAAGCCGAUUUCACGCAUAUUACCUGUCUCUCUUUAAAAAACUGAAUGAGCAGUUUCUCACUGGACGUUCUAUGUCGGCAUUUAUUGCAUUCUAUGAAGACAAACAAAACAUUGUUCAAAGUUUAGUCGACGGAUGCUCAUAUCCCGAAACUGCUGACCGUGUAUUUGAUGUGUUGGAUAAUGCAGAGAUCUUUUUAGACUCGAUUUUCUGGACUCAUGCUAGUGCAACUUGUCCAUUUGACUUGAUUUACGAUUCAGCUUUAAAGGCAGCCAGUCGUUAUGACAACACUGUCUACUACAGGAGACUACUUGUUUCCAAGUCUUUUGGCCAGCUGACGUGGGGUGCGCAAGGAGGGAGUCUGAAACUCUUACGUGAAGUUGAUGAGAUUAGACAGGCAGCUACUGCAUUUACUAGUGACGAAAAAGCAAAGUAUUUGUGGUACUUUGGCAUGUAUCAACUUGUCAUUGGGGAAACAGAAAGCGGAGUUAAGUACUUGCAGGAAGCUCUUCCUCUAAUGAGCAACAGCCCUGAACAUAGAAUCCUCAGACUUGUCAUUUUCCAAAUUUUCUCUCUGUAUUGGCAAGGCGCGAAAGACCCAUCACAUUCAAGACAAUUUUACGGGAAGGCGCUCUUUGAAAGCAUGGCAAUUGGAGACAUACAGCUACUUGUUAUUCCUUCAUCAGAAAUGGAAACCGCAAAUGAAACAAAAGGUAGAAAGAUACCAAAUAGAUGUGCUGAUACUUUGUGCAAUAAGCCAAUGGAAGUACAGAUGAUUUAUCAUGUAUUGCAAGCAUCGCAGCAUCUUCCUGUUAUAGGCACCAACAAAUCAUUACAAGACAUCGUUCUCAAGAUACGAGAUGACGUUGAAGCAGCACUCCCUUGUGGUGAAACUGGCUUGUUCAGUUUUCACCGCGUCGUUGUUGCUGCGUUGCUAAAUGUCUGUAGCAAAUGUAAAGAGAAGGAAAUUUUGGCCCACUCACAAACCAGUCGUGAACAGAAACCACAAGAGAAAAGCGGAAAUAGCAAACAUGAGACUGAGGAGGAAUACUCCUCGGCAUCUAGUAAUAAAAACUGCAAAGAUCCAGAUAACGUUAAGAACAAGCAAUGCAUUCUGGUAAGUUCAGGAGCUCUUCAGUCACGCCAGCGUGCAACAGACAUAGCCAUCGAACGUUUUGGUGCUGAACACCCGAACACUGCUGACAGUUACCAUACAUUGGGCAUCACUCAACAUCUGCUAGGAGAUUUUUCUUCGGCUCUUCGUUCCUUGCAAAAGGCAUUAAAUAUUCGCCAGAUGGUGUUAGGAGACGAUCACUUAGGUACAGCUGAUAUUUAUCGUUCACUUGGGGCCACAUAUUACCAGUUAGGUGACUUUUCUGCAGCUCUUCAGUGCAGACAGCAGGCAUUGGAUAUUCGGCGGAAAGUUCUCGGAGAGGAACACCCAAGCUUAGUGGAGUGUUACGGUGACCUAAACUGCACACAAUUUGCGCUAGGUGAUUUUUCCUCAGUGGUUGAGUCUGACCAGCGUGCCCUUGAAGUUUGCAUUAAAAUGUUUGGAGAAGAAGACCCACGGACACCUUGCAUUUUAUUGUCCUUGGCGAAUACACAACGCCUACUAGGAGAUCUAACCACAGCUCUAGAGUAUGCAGAGUGUGCGCUGUGUAUCACAGUCAGAUUGUUUGGCACCGAAAAUGUAAUCACAGCUCGUGGCUACUGUUCACUUGGAGACAUACACCUUAGUCUGGAAAACCAUGCUGUGGCUCGUUAUUAUUAUCAGAUGGCGCAUAACAUAGACGCCAGACUGUUUGGAAACGAACACGUGAACACACUCAGAUACACUUACCUCCAGUGGGUACAAUUCGUACAACUUGCAUCAAUCCAUCAUCUUAAACUCAAUGCUAUUAAUUUCAUCUUAGUUGGUGACUUAAACGCAGCUCUUCAAGAUGCUCUGUGUGCUCUGAGCAUGGACGAAAACCUGUAUGGAGAAGAGCACGUAACCACAGCUGAUAGUUUCUAUUUACUUGGCUCGAUACAAUUUGAAUUAUUCGACUUCAACUCCUCUCUUUAUUUUCACGAACGGGCCUUGGAUAUUAAACUUAAAGUUUUGGGGGAGGAACAUUCGGGAACAGUUAUCAGUUUUAUGUUCCUCGCGUUAGUCCAUUUUGCGUUAAGUAACUUUACCACAGCCAAGGAGUAUGCAGAAUGUGCACUGAGUAUCAGACCCAGAUUGUCUGGAGAAGAUAUAAUCGCAAACCGCUUAGAAUGUUGCCUUCUACGUUUAGCCAUUCAACAUCUGCUGGCCGACAAGGAUAUCUCCGCUUCGUUGAAAAACAGCUUCCAUAGAGAUAGUAACGGUGGCGUUUGA